UGUGUGUGAAGGAAUGAGGCCCCGCAGGUUCCUUCUAAGUCAAAAACUUUCGCGCUCGAAAACGCAACGAACUUACCAAUCCCCAAACCCAUUUUCCGUCAACAAUCCAAAACCCUAACUACAUAUCCACGCAUUUCGAAUCCAAAAUUUCAUCAAGGAAUCAGUAUUUGUUUCGCAUGUGCUGUGAAUUCGCAUUCUUGGCGAACACGAACAAGUCCCACGGCAAGUAAGAAAACAAAACCCUAAUUUUUCGGGAAAAUCGAAAUGGAUGCCAAGGAUAUUUUGGGCUUGCCCAAAACCACGCAUCCCUUAUCCCAGGAGAAGAAAUCUCGGCCCCCGAAGGAAUCUCAGCGAAAACCAGAUGGCAUUUCGCGCGAGGUGUAUGCGCUUACAGGUGGUGUGCCACCUCUUAUGCCUGCAGUGGAGACAUCGCAGCUGAAAAAACGGCCACCAACCGAUGAGAAGAUCACUUGGCAAUGGCUUCCCUUUACAAGUUCUGCUCGGAAAGAUAAUUUACAACUUUACCACUGGGUUAGAGUUGUAAAUGGUGUCCCACCUACAGGUGACUACUCCUUUGCCAAGUAUAACAAGUCUGUGGAAGUUGUCAAAUACACAGAUGAGGAGUAUGAGAAGUAUUUGACUGAUCCUAUUUGGACAAAGGAGGAGACGGAUCAAUUGUUUGACAUGUGUCAGCGGUUUGAUCUCCGCUUCAUUGUGAUAGCAGACAGGUUCCCGUCAUCUCGUACUGUGGAGGAAUUGAAGGAUCGCUAUUACAGUGUAUCUCGAGCUAUAUUAAUGGCUAGAGUGGCAUCCCCUGCAGAUGUUUCAGGGCAUCCUAUUGUUAAGGAACCUUAUAAAGUUGCACAAGAGAGAGAGCGCAAGCGAGCACUAUCCAUGGUCCUCUCUCAAACAAAGCACCAAGAGAGAAAAGAUGCUGAGGUUCUUGCUGAAGCCAAAAGAAUAGCUGAGGCACGCAUGGUUGCUAGGAGUGCUAAAGAGUUGGAGUUGCCUGUCACAUUGAAUGAUGGCCUUGAAAAUAAUGAGAGGGCUCUCGUUCCUGGUGAGACUGUAUCACCUUCAUCCAACUCUCAGUUCCCCUCUGGAACAGUUGCACCUUCAACUUUGAUGGCAGAGAAUGCCUCUACUUUAGGUUCUCUCAAAAUGCUCCGGGUGUAUCUUAGAACAUAUGCGCUUGACCAAAUGAUCCAAGCCGCAAGCUCGUCUGCUGGACUUCGGACUAUCAAGCGGGUUGAGCAAAGUUUGCAAGAACUUGGGGUUAAUUUAAAGCCAAGAGUUCCAACUAAAGCUGUUUGUUCACAUCAUCUUGAAUUAAGAAAAGAAAUACUGACGCUACUGAAUCUUCAGAAACAGUUACAAUAUAAGGAGGCAGAAGGCUCAUCUUAUCGUGAUAGUCCAUACGAAACCCCAGGCACACCCAAGGAUCGCACAUUUGUUCCGGACUCGAUGAGUUUCGGUGGUGAUGUAUUAGGGGAAAGAGUUGUUAAACGAGACCAGAAACGAAAGGCCCCUGGCAGGGCAGAAGCUCCUUCAUCACCUGCGCAGUCUAAAAGGCCUAGAAAGUUAAAGGCAUCGGAUCUGUAGCUCCAGAACAGAGUAAACAAAUCAGCUCUGAGUUGACCCGGAAUGCAGAAUGCAUAUUUAAAUUGGUGUAGCUUGUCCGACACAAAGCCAUUAUAUUGAAGUUUCAAAUGUAGGAGCAAUCAAAAUAGGAGAAUAUGUUGUCUUUUCUAUCUUUAAUGUCAUUGGUAGUUAGCAGUGAUUAGCGAUGCAGAUCCACAGAUUCCUCUAUGAUGGACUUAACCAGUAAGUAGUUCCGUGU